UCCGGUAACGUGUGCUGGUUUAAAAGCAGUCCGGUUCAGCGGUGGUUCUGGUCUGGAGCAGAGAGGAGCAUGGAGCAGCACGGAGGGAGAACGGAGGAGAACCCGGAAGUCCCGCUAUCAGGAGGAGGAGGGGAACUUGAUGGUGGUGUUUGUGAGGAAUCCUCCCCAGCAUCAGUGUCUUCACAUGGUCAUCAGAAAGUUCUUACUAGAAAGAAACCACACAGCUGUGAUCAGUGCAGGAAAUCUUUCACCAGUCACAGCGGCCUACAAAUCCACCACCGAACCCACACUGGAGAGAAACUGUACAGCUGCGAUCAGUGCGGGAACGCCUUCAGAAGUCUUAGCGGCCUACAAAUCCACCACCGAAUCCACACUGGAGAGAAACCGUACAGCUGCGAUCAGUGCGGGGCGGCUUUCAGGACAUCAAGUGUUCUCAAAGUCCACAUGCAAGUCCACACUGGAGAGAGACCGUACAGAUGUGACCAGUGCAACGCAUCAUACAAGCAGCUGGCAACCUUCAAAACACACCUGCGCACUCACACAGGGGAGAAACCAUACAGCUGCAGCAUGUGUGAGAGCGCUUUCAGCAGUUACAGUGCCCUUAGAUUACACAUACGUAGCCACACUGGAGAGAAACCAUACAGCUGUGAGUUCUGUGACAAAGUGUUUACGUAUGCUUUUCAACAGAAGACCCAUCACUUUACUCACACAGGGGAGAAACCGUACAUCUGUGGCAGCUGUAGCAAAGGUUUCACAAGUCAGGAGGCCCUAAAACAUCAUGAACGUUUGCACACUGGAGAGAAACCAUACAGUUGUGACUACUGUCAGAAAGCUUUCAGGGAGAAAAAACGGCUAAAAAUCCACCGAUAUAUUCACACAGGGGAGACGCCCUACUGCUGUGACCAGUGUGGUAAAUCCUUUAGGUCUCCAUCUUCUCUAAACUCUCACAUGCUGACACAUACCAGGCAGCAGACAAACAAGCUGAAAGCUCACCAGCUCUCACACCCCAAGCAGGAAACACACCAGUGUAAGCAGUCUGGCUGUGAAGCUGUUCUCAGCUGUCAGGGUGAUCUGGAGAAGCACCAGAGCAGUCAUAGUGAGACACAGCUGUGGGCUGAGGACCGAGCGGUGGUGAUGGAGGGACAGGGAGGACUGACAGAAAAUAACCCGGAUGUUCAGCCAGAAGGAGGAAAGGACCUCGUCCUGUCUUCUAAGGGUCGUCAGAAAGCUCACACUGGAAACAGACAACACAGCUGCGAUCAGUGUGGGAAAUAUUUCACCAGUCGCAGCGGCCUACAAAUCCACCAACGAAUCCACACUGGAGAGAAACCGUACAGCUGCGAUCAGUGCGGGGCGGCUUUCACGACAUCAGGAUCUCUCAAAACUCACAUGCGGGUCCACACAGGGGAGAGACCGUACAGAUGUGAUCAGUGCGGGGCAACGUUCGCGCAUAUUUCUUCCUUGAAAGUGCACAUGCACUCUCACACAGGGGAGAAACCAUACAGCUGCAGCAUGUGUGAGAGAACCUUCACUUACCGCUGUCACCUUCAAGUUCACAUACGUAGCCACACCGGAGAGAAACCGUACAGCUGUGAGUUCUGUAGCAGAACGUUUUCAUCUCCUGUUAGUCUUACACUCCAUCACCGUAGCCACACUGGGGAGAAACCGUACACCUGUGACCACUGUAAUAAAGCCUUUGCACUGCAACAGAACCUACAGUGCCAUCUUCGCACCCACACAGGGGAGAGACCGUACAGCUGUGACCACUGUGGUAAAUCCUUCAUCAGUCGAUCAUACCUUAAAAUCCAUCGGCGUUCUCACACAGGGGAGAGGCCCUACAGCUGUGACAAGUGUGGAAAAUCCUUUAAGUCAUCCAGCCAACUGGUCUCUCACCUGGUCACACACACCAAACAGAAAACAUACAGGUGUUACGAUGGGAAAUGUGAGGCGGUUUUUACGUCUCUGGAUGAUCUGAAGAACCACCAGAGCCGUCAUGAACCGAAACCGUACUACUGCCACUGCGGGGAGAACUUUGCACAGCAGCAUGAGCUUAAAGCUCACCUGCUCUCUCACACCAAGAAGGACAUGCUUCUGAACUCUCAGGACGACAGGAAGCCCAACAGAGGAGUCAUGAAUGGACAUAACACUGUUGUGAUCAAUUAACUUAGAAAGGGACCGUUCCUAAGCCCUGCUUUAUCUAAAAUGUUUCCCAAGGUUCAGUUCAAAACUAGAAGUAAACAGCAAUCUACUCUGUCAGCAUGAAAAAACCAGUCAGCAACAACUCAAUCCAUCUCCACUGCUGACGACAUUCGUGAUUGGUGCAUCCCUAAUCUGCACGUACGUUUCAGUUAACCCUCAGGCAUCUCUAGGGACAUUUUUGUCCAUUUGGGUAAAUCUUUCCUCUUUCUCUGCUCACCAUGUUGGCUGUGUUAGUGCAUAUGGUCUAUUUUUGUAAUAAAGUUUCUUUCUAGGCAAAUUUAUGAGUUCAAAUUUCAAUUGCUCUAAUAGGUCAGGAGAACUGUGACACAAGUUAACUACCCUUUAAAGCCAUUAAGGACAAAAACGGCCACUUCGAAAACGACAAUAAAAAUAGUCAACAUUCAUAUUUUUUUCUGCUUUUUUGGUCAAAUCUUUUGAUCAACUUCAGUUUUGAUCAAAACAAUCAAAUACUGAAUAAUUUUGAGGAUUUUAAUCCUUUAAAUGCCAGUUUGAUUACAGGAUGGUCGUAUUUUUCCUAACACAAGAAUUUUUGCUACCUUUUCUGAAGCUUUUUUACCACAUUUGACCCAUUUUUGCUACCUUCUUUGGUAGCAAAAAUGUUUUGGUGCCACUUUUCGCACAAUUUUGCUAUUGUUUGGCCAUUUUUUGCCAUUUUCUCCCAUCACUUUUAACCCCUUUUCACUACCUUGUAGUAACUUCAACCCUUUUUGCCACUUUUGCCCUUUUUUCUUAUCAUUUUUAUCCCAUUUUUACCACCUUCUUACACAGUUAAUCCUUUUAGGCCAAUUAUAACCCAUUUUUGCCACGAUUUUUUCCACUUUCAACAAGUUUUGGCCAAUUUUAACCCAUUGGUUGGCCAUUUUUUUUUUUUUAACCAAU